GAAUGUACAGGGGCCGUUUGGGGAUUAUCUUGUUGUUAUUAUUUUGUAUUUAACUUAAUUAAAGACAAGGCAGUGUUAAAGUUACAAAAAUGUUUUCAACGAGCUCCCAAAGAAAAUUCUGGACUUUUAGCGAUGAGGGUGAACUGGCCGUUUUGAGAGAUAAGCAUAACCUUAACUAUAUAGCUAAACACGGAACUCAUAUUGACGAAUAUCAAAGGUACAAUUUCUUUUUAUCUCCUGAUGAGGAGAGACUUCUUCUGAAACAGUAUGAGCUGCAUCUGAAGGAAUUCUGCAAGCGUUUUAGCCCGCCCAUGCCAAAAGGAGUCGUUGGAACCGCAUUCCACUAUUUCAAACGCUUUUAUCUGUACAACUCGACAAUGGAUUACCACCCGAAAGAAAUUCUUGCAACCUGCGUCUAUUUGGCAUGUAAGGUCGAGGAAUUUAACGUGUCCAUUGGCCAGUUCGUCGCUAAUAUAAAGGGAGACAGAGACAAGGCAUCAGAUAUUAUCCUAAACAAUGAAUUAUUACUGAUGCAGCAAUUGAACUACCAUUUGACGAUUCACAAUCCCUUCCGUCCCGUAGAAGGCUUCCUAAUUGACAUAAAAACAAGAUGUUCUCUAGCGAACCCUGAACGUCUUAGAAGUGGUAUUGACGAGUUUCUUGAAAAAGUGUUUUUGACUGAUGCCUGUCUACUCUAUGCCCCAUCACAGAUUGCUUUAGCUGCAGUUUUACAUGCAGCCAGUAAGGAGCAAGAGAAUCUUGACAGUUACGUGACAGACAUGCUGUUCAGGGAAGCUGGGCAAGACAAACUAGCUGUACUCAUAGAAGCCGUGAGAAAGAUCAGGUCUUUAGUAAAGAUGGUUGAAAGCCCUGCUCGUGAGAAGGUCAGGGUUAUUGAGAAGAAGUUGGACAGGUGCAGGAAUCAGGAGAAUAAUCCUGACAGUGAGAUUUAUAAGAGGAGGAUGAGAGAGCUCUUGGAUGAAGAUGAUAUUCCUCACACUGGAUCCAGCAGAAUGUCUUUGGAUACCAGUGGCAUUACACAAGUCCUGUCCCCAUCAGCUUCAUAGUUUUGAGUUGCCAAACAUAUAUUUUGGGGAACUUUAAUUGGAUUAAUUUAAUAAGCUUACAUAUGGACAUAGCUUGCAUUUAUUUUUUGUUGAAUUGUGCUUAUUACCUGAGCCGAAUGCUCAUUUCUGGUAUCCCCACCUUAUGAUAAAAGAGUAUCAACUAAUAUUUCUGUCUACAUCUUCAAUACACUUUUAAACAGCAUUAUUUAUAUGUUAAACAAUAUGUAAUUACUGACCCUUGCUAUUUUAUAGAGACAAAAUGUUUCUCUGUGAUUGUAACUCUCAGAAAAAAUUAUAAGGUUAGCAGGACUUAUCUGAAUAGUUUUAAGUUACUUUAUUGACUAGAUAUUAUUAAAUAAAUUGUAUAUGAAUUUUA